AUGGCGCAUGUGAAUAGUGAUCUGCCCUAUACCCGGACCGCUCCUGAGCGCAAUGGUGAGAACAAAUUGGCAGAUGUGUACAAGCGCAAGACGGUGGACGAAACGCUCGAGGCGCUAGGUGGCCCGUCGCCUGAAGACGGCUGGGACCGCGACGCGGUCGCGCAGAUGCGCGAGUCGAGCGGCACGAACGAGUUGGACGCCAAGGCACCUGAACCUCUGUAUGAGCGGUGGCUCAGCCAAUUCAAGGAGCCGAUGAAUGCGCUCCUGGUCAGCAGUGCCAUCGUGAGUCUGCUGGUAGGUCAAGCCGACGAUGCCAUCUGCAUUGCAGUGGCGUUGACGAUCGUCAUCACCGUGGGUAUCGCGCAAGAGUACCGUUCUGAAAAGAGCCUCGAGGCCCUCAACAACCUUGUCCCGCCACAGUGCUCAGUUGUGCGCGAAGGCCGCUCGCAGGCCAUUGUGGCCACCGAAUUGGUUCCGGGCGAUAUUGUCCGGCUGCGCUCCGGCGAUCGCGUGCCGGCCGACGUGCGCCUGCUCCAUGUGAGCGACUUUGAGGUCGACGAGAGCGCGCUCACGGGCGAGACGACGUCUGUGCGCAAGACGACCAAGCCCGUGGACGACGAGCCGAACAACCUUGCAUUCAUGGGCACGCUCGUCCAACGGGGCAGCGCGACGGCUGUCGUGUAUGCCAUCGGCCCUCAGACUGAGUUUGGCAGCAUUUUCGGCAUGGUUGACGACGUUACAGAGAAGCAGACGCCGCUACAGCGUGCGAUGGGCGACCUGGCGCAGCGCCUUAGUACGGCUUCGCUGGUCAUCAUUGCAGUGAUCCUUCUCCUGGGCGUGCUGGAGCGAAAGUCAUGGCUUGAGAUGUUCACGAUCGCUGUGUCGCUCGCGGUCGCUGCCAUUCCCGAGGGCUUGCCGAUCGUCGUCACUGUUACACUGGCGCUUGGCGCUCUGGAGAUGUCCCACCGCCAGGCGAUCGUUAAGAAGCUGCCGAGUGUCGAGACGCUCGGGUGCAUGUCAAUUAUUUGCUCCGACAAGACUGGCACGCUCACGACUGGCCAGAUGGAAGUCGUCGAAGCCUACACGGUCCCCGAUGGUAUUGUGCGCGUCGAAGAGGGUCAAACGCCCUCAUCGCAGGCACUGCUUAAGACAAUCCAAGUCGGAUUUUUCUGCAACAACGCGACCAAAAAUGAGCAGGGCGAGUGGGUCGGCCAGGCGACAGAGACGGCCAUGGUCGCCCUGCCCGAGGCGCUGGGUAUGAAUCUGCGGCACCAGGCGUGGACGCGGACGAACGAGGUGCCCUUUGACUCAGUGCGCAAGUGCAUGGUCGUGACGGGCCACGGCGACACGAGCGAAACACCAGGCGAGGCGCAGCUCGUUAAGGGCGCGCCGGAAGUCGUGCUGAAAAAGUGCAGCGCGUACAUGGCACAGCAGGUAACGAACCUUAAUGAUUCGGUGCGCCAUCAGAUCCAGGAGCACGCAGACAAUAUGGCACGUCGCGGCCUGCGUGUGCUCGCCACCGGCUUUGCGCCACAGGGCCGGCCGUUUGUGUUUUGCGGUCUGCAAGCCAUGCAGGAUCCGCCGCGCGAGGGCGUGAGCGAUGCGAUCAAGACGCUGCAGAGAGGCGGUGUGCAAGUGGUCAUGAUCACGGGCGACGCAAAAACGACAGCCCGAGCGAUUGCCGAGCAGCUGGGCAUUGCGUCGUCGCCCGAGGUACUCACAGGUCCCGAGGUUGAAUCGAUGAGCGACCGGCAGCUCCAGGAACACGUUCAGACCGUGUCGGUAUUUGCGCGGACGAAGCCCGAGCACAAGCUGCGCAUAGUGUCGGCCUUGCAGGCGAACCAAUAUGUCGUGGGCAUGACGGGCGACGGCGUCAACGAUGCACCGGCGCUUAAACUCGCGGAUGUCGGCAUUGCCAUGGGUACCGGCACGGACGUCACGAAGGAAGCGGCAGAUGUCAUCCUGGUGGACGACAAUUUUGCGACAAUCCUUAGCGCUGUGCGCGAGGGCAAGAGUAUAUUUUACAAUAUCCAAAACUUUGUCGGUUUCCAGCUGAGCACCAGCGCGGCUGCACUCAUCCUCAUCACGCUCAGCACUGUGCUGGGCUUCCGCUUCCCUAUGAACGCAACGCAGAUCCUGUUCAUCAACAUUCUCAUGGACGGCCCGCCCAGCCAGAGCCUCGGCGUUGACCCGGCGCAGGAGCAGGUCAUGGACCGCCCGCCCCGCCUCAAGGAUGCGCCGGUGCUCACGCGCCGCCUGUUCAUGCGCACACUGUUCUCGGCGCUGCUCAUGAUUGUAAUGACAGAGGUCACCUUCCUCCUGUACCGCCCCGAGAGUGGUCAAGAUACACACACGUCCACUAUGACGUUCUCGGCGUUUGUCGUGCUCGAUCUCGUAACGGCAUGGCAGAACCGGGGCCUAUUCAUCCCCCUCUUCGGCAACCACGUGCUGCUUUGGACGCUGGGCGGCAGCUUGCUCACCCAGUUUGCCUUGGUGUAUGUGCCGCUCAUGCAGUCCGUCUUCCACACCGAGUCGCUGCCGCUCAAUGAUCUGGGCUACCUUGCCUGUAUUGCCGCGCUGGCCUUUGGCGCGCAGGAACUACGCCGGCGCUAUGAACGCCGCUUGGAGAGAGAGCAACAGACCCGCUCGCCUGCCUAG